UGCGUCAGUAUUCCGCGAGCUUCCAUCGCGUUCUGUCCAAGUUUGUCUCGGAAGAAUCUCUCUUGUUCGAUUGUAACUAACUGCGAAGAAGAAGAAAAAGUGCUUUUCUCAUAAACUAAGAGGGUACGGAUAAAAGGAUGGCAGACGACAGCCAUGAGAAUGGCACCAGCAACGGCGACGUGCCCGAGAUCGAGUUGAUCAUCAAGGCUUCUACGAUCGAUGGUCGUCGGAAAGGUGCAUGCCUCUUCUGCCAAGAAUACUUUAUGGAUUUAUAUCUGUUGGCCGAAUUGAAGACCAUCUCGCUGAAGGUAACCACGGUCGACAUGCAGAAACCGCCUCCAGAUUUUCGUACAAAUUUCCAAGCAACACCACCACCGAUAUUAAUCGACAACGGUGAUGCGAUAUUGGAGAACGAGAAAAUUGAACGGCACAUCAUGAAGAACAUUCCUGGUGGGCACAAUCUCUUCGUGCAGGACAAAGAAGUGGCUACCCUCGUUGAAAAUUUAUUCAGCAAAUUGAAACUACUGCUACUGAACGCAAAGGACAAGGAUAAGGAUCCAAAGUCUUCGUCGUUGAUGGCACAUUUGCGGAAAAUCGAUGAACACUUGGGUCGUAAGGGUACACGGUUCCUCACAGGCGACACAAUGUGUUGUUUCGAUUGCGAGUUGAUGCCUCGACUGCAACAUAUCAGGGUUGCUGGCAAGUACUUUGCAGACUUUGAAAUUCCCGAAACUUUGGUGCAUCUCUGGCGAUAUAUGCAUCAUAUGUACAGGCUAGAUGCCUUUUUGCAAAGUUGCCCAGCUGAUCAGGACAUAAUCAAUCAUUACAAGUUGCAACAGAGCAUGAAGAUGAAGAAACACGAAGAAUUAGAAACUCCAACGUUCACGACUAGUAUCCCAAUCGAGGUCAACGACGACUAGGCUGGACCUGUGCCGUCGGGUCUACGAUCUCGUUACUUUCAUUCAGAAAGAUCGUCUAUGUAUCGGUGUCAUCACCACAGACCACCACGCGACGUCUAAACACGACUGCGCGGCGCAGCAAACCCUUUUGCUUAUCUUCAAGAAGAAUCCAUUAUUUAUAUAAAAGUAUUUCGGAGUCGCUAAAAUAGCGCUUCCUUUCAAUUUUCAUCGAUGCCACGUACACCGAUUUAUACAAUAUUUUUGCUAUGUCUAUUUCCAUAGAUGAUCGUCGAUGCACUCUUUUAUUGGCCUAAACUCAUGCAGAACCAGUAGCUUUUUUACCGUAGGCGACAGAAGGAUAUACAUAUACGUAUAAGUGUACUAAGGCUUCAAGAAAACGACUUGUAUGCGUGUCCAGAAAACUGUAUGGAUCUUACCCUUUCCUUUUUCCUUUUCCUUUUUCUUUUUCUUUUUCUUUUUAUCUUCGUUACGUAUGUAUUUCGUACGUAAUCUUCAUUUGAGUAGCAUUAUUAUUAUUAUUAUUAUUAUUAUUAUUAUUAUUAUUAUUAGAGAACGCAUUUUAAUCUUUUACAUCAUAGUUUAGAUCAAAACCUUGUACUUUUCAAAAGAAACAAUUAUCUGUUAUCUUUUAAUGGCAAACAACGUGAUGAAAUGGCUAAUGCAAAAGGGAUGUAUGCAUUUGAAUUGCAAUCAUUUUUCUUUUGAAAAAUUACUAUGUAUUUAUAUCGUACAUCUAAAUACUAAUCAAUAAAGUAAUUCACCGAUGGUUAUUCUUUAUAAACCAUUA